ACACAUCAAAAAACUUAAGAUAUUUCUUUAUAACAAAAAUGGAAGAUCAUAUAUUUUCUCAUUUUAAUGCAAUUUUACUACUCAUAACCAUUACCUUUACCUCCAUUGUCAUAUAUAAACUAACACAAAGAUCACAUAAACUUUCACAUAAUUUCCCGCCAGAAAUCUCCGGUGGCUUACCGGUCAUCGGUCAUCUUCUCCAAUUCUCCGGCACCGACAGCAUUCCAUUGCAUCGAAAACUAUCUUCUUUGGCAGAUAAAUAUGGCCCCAUUUUCACUUUCCGGCUAGGUAUACCGCGUAUAUUAGUGGUAAGUAGUUAUGAUGCUGUGAAGGAUUGUUUGAAUAUCAAUGAUAAAGUGUUUGCUGCCCGGCCAGAGAGUUUAGCUGGAGAGUAUAUUGGGUAUAAUAAUGCAAUGCUUUUUCUUGCUAGUUAUGGUGAUUACUGGAGAAAGAUUAGGAAAGUUGUUAUUAAGGAAGUUUUGUCUAGUAGUAGGUUGGAGAAACUGAGAGAUGUGAGGGUUUCUGAAGUGAAAACUAGUAUUAAAGAGCUUUAUAUUUUGUUUCCGAUCAUCAGAGAAAAUCUUGAUUUUCCGGUAACCGGUGAUCAUUCUCCGGUCACCGGAGAUGAUUUUCCGGUGGGUGGAGAUGAUGUAAGUUUAAAGGUGAAUGGAGAUGAUGCUAAUUUUCCGUUCACUAGAGAUCAAUCACCGGUCUCCGGAGAAAAUCUUGAUUUUCCGAUCUACAGUGAUCAUUUUCCGGUGACCGGAGAUGAUGUUAGUUUUCCGGUCACUGGAGAUCAAUCACCUGUCUCCGAAGAAAAUCUUGAUUUUCUGAUCACCAGUGAUCAUUUUCCAGUGACCAGAGAUGAUGUUAGUUUUCCGGUGGAUGGAGAUGAUGUUAUCAAGCCGAAGAAACAACCUCAAACAGAAAUGCAAGGUAAGGAUUCGUACAAUAAAGUCUUCUUGUCUGGCCCUUCCCUGGACCCCACACACAGUGCUACCGGAGAUAAUGUUAUCAAGUCAUGGAAACAGCCUAUGGUAGAAAUGCAAAGUAAAGUUUUGUACAAUAGUGCCUUGUCAUCUGACCCUUCUAUGGACCCCACACAUAGCGAGUGUUUUAGUGCAUCAGACUGCGCAGUUUCUGGAGCUAAUCUUGAUUUUCCAAUGACCAGAGGUGAUUUUCGGGUGAAAGUGAAUAUUACUAAUUGGAUAGAGAAGUUAACACUGAGCUUGAUAGUGAAAAUGAUAGCUGGAAAAAGCUAUGGAAGGGUUGAAAAAGGUGGAAAUGAAGAAGAAGAAGAAGCUGAGAGAUUUAAGAAAGCUUUGAAGGAUUUUAUGUAUAUAUCAAUGGAGUUUGUGUUAUGGGAUGCAUUUCCAAUACCUUUGUUUAAGUGGAUUGAUUUUCAAGGACAUGUUAAGUUUAUGAAAAGGACAUUUAAAGAUAUUGAUUGUGUUUUACAAAGUUGGUUGGAUGAACAUGUGAAGAAGAGAGAAAGGGUUGAUUUUGUUGAUGGAAAUGAAGAGGAUUUUAUUGAUGUUAUGCUUUCUAUGAUGAAAAUUGAAGAUUUUAUUGAUGGUUAUAGCAGAGAAACCACCAUUAAAGCUACUGCUCUGAGUAUGGUGUUGGAUGCUUCAGACACGACUGCGAUUCACUUAAAUUGGGUAAUGGCGACAUUGUUAAACCACAGAGAUGCCCUGAAGAAAGUCCAAGAGGAGCUAGACACGAGCGUUGGCAGAAACAGAUGGGUAGAAGAGAGCGAUAUCAAGGAUUUGGUAUACUUCCAAGCUGUCGUUAAAGAA